UAACAUUUUUUUCAUCUGGCAAUUCUUCAAAUUUUGGCAUGGUUGAUCUUUACGGGACCGAGUGAAAUAAAACCGUUUCGAAGAAUUAUUAUGAAAAUGGAGUGGAAACCAGAACAAGAAGGACUAAGACAAAUACUAACACUUCUCAAAGAGUCUCAAUCACCAGAUACAGCAACACAAAGGGCCGUUCAACAAAAAUUGGAAGAAUUGAACAAGUACCCAGACUUCAACAAUUAUUUGAUUUUCGUCUUGACUAAACUCGUCACCGAAGAAGAACCUACAAGAUCUUUGAGUGGUUUGAUUUUGAAAAACAAUGUCAAAGCUCAUUAUAACAGCUUUUUGCCUGAAGUGGCCGAAUUUAUUAAGCGAGAAUGUCUAUCAGCCGUCGGGGACCCGUCCCCCUUGAUCCGAGCAACCGUGGGCAUUAUCAUUACUACCAUAGCUAGCAAGGGAGAACUAACAUCAUGGCCUGAACUGCUGCCAGCCUUGUGUCAGAUGCUAGAUUCACAAGACUACAAUGUUUGUGAGGGUGCCUUUGGAGCUCUCCAAAAGAUUUGUGAAGACACAGCUGAGAUCCUGGACAGUGAUGCACUAAAUAGGCCUCUGAAUGUGCUAAUACCUAAAUUCCUACAGUUUUUCCGGCACUCGUCACCUAAAAUCAGAUGUCAUGCUAUUGCUUGUGUCAACUACUUCAUCAUGGGCAGAACUCAGGCCCUCAUGCUACACAUUGAUGCUUUUAUUGAGAACUUGUUCCACUUGGCUGCAGACGAAGACUCAGAUGUGAGGAAAAAUGUGUGUCAUGCUUUAGUGCUGCUGUUAGAGGUGCGACUGGACAGGCUCAUCCCUCACCUGCCUAACAUCAUUGAGUACAUGCUGGUGAGGACACAAGACCCUGAAGAAGGUGUUGCUCUGGAGGCCUGCGAGUUCUGGCUCUCACUUGCUGAACAGAACGUCUGCCGUGAAGUCCUAGGCCCACGGCUGCCCAAUCUCCUACCGAUAUUAGUCCGCGGCAUGCGUUACUCGGAGAUGGACGUGAUCUUGCUGCGAGGGGACCGCGAUGACGACGCCGAUGACGCGGAGCCGGACCGCGAGUCGGACAUACGGCCGCGCUUCCACAAGCCGCGCUCACACACUGUCAAACAUAAUGCUGGUGCGGGUGACAGCAACAUGUCAGGCGGUGGGGAAUCAGACGAUGACGACGACGGCGGCGCCGACGCAGACGACGGCUCGCUGUCCGACUGGAACCUGCGCAAGUGCAGUGCUGCGGCCCUCGAUGUACUGGCCAAUGUGUUUGGAGCAGAUCUACUGCCUGUGUUGUUCCCUAUACUGAAGGAGACGCUGUUCCAUGAUGAUUGGGUUAUUAAGGAGAGCGGCAUCUUGGCCCUGGGCGCCGUGGCGGACGGCUGCAUGGGCGGCAUGGUGCCGCACCUGCCGGACCUGGUGCCGUACCUCGUGUGCUGCCUGGCGGAGCGCAAGGCGCUGGUGCGCGCCAUCACGUGCUGGACGCUGUCGCGCUACUCGCACUGGAUCGUGUCGCAGUCCCACGACUUGUAUCUCAAGCCCGUCAUGACUGAGUUACUGAAACGCGUCUUAGACAACAACAAACGCGUGCAAGAAGCCGCGUGUUCAGCGUUCGCUACCCUCGAAGAGGAAGCCUGCACAGAACUAGUUCCGUACCUCGGCUUCAUCUUACAAACGCUCGUGUACGCCUUCAGCAAAUACCAACACAAGAACUUGCUCAUACUGUACGAUGCUAUCGGAACACUGGCGGACUCCGUAGGACAUCACUUAAAUAAGCCUGAGUACAUUAACAUGUUAAUGCCCCCACUUAUCAAUAAGUGGAACGUUUUAAAAGACGAAGAUAAAGACCUUUUCCCGCUUCUAGAGUGUCUGUCAUCUGUAGCGACAGCUCUUCAAUCAGGAUUCUUGCCAUACUGUGAACCAGUAUUCAGAAGAUGUGUAUCAUUAAUAGAACAGACAUUAAAUCAAAAUAUUGCCAACAGUCAAAGUCCAGAGCAAUUCGAAGCGCCGGACAAAGACUUCAUGAUUGUCGCUCUCGACUUACUGAGCGGCCUCGCGGAAGGUCUGGACGGACACAUAGACCACCUCGUGUUCAACUCCAACCUGAUGCAGCUACUGUACCAGUGCAUGCAGGAUCCGAUGCCUGAGGUAUAUCUUGUCCGCCAGUCGUCGUUUGCGUUGCUGGGAGACCUAACAAAGGCGUGUUUCCAACAUGUACUGCCAUACAUACCCGAGUUCCUGCCCAUACUCGGCAUGAACCUCAAUCCAGAACUCAUUUCUGUUUGCAAUAACGCCACUUGGGCGAUCGGCGAGAUUAGCAUCAAAUUAGGACCGGAAACAUCAAAGUAUAUCCCUCUUGUGUUGAAUCAUUUAGUUGAAAUUAUCAACAGGCCUAACACACCUAAGACUCUACUUGAAAAUACAGCGAUUACUAUCGGUCGGCUAGGUUAUGUGUGCCCCCACGACGUCGCACCCGUUUUACAUCAAUUUGUACGCCAGUGGUGCGCUUCGCUGAGAAAUAUCCGGGACAACGACGAAAAGGAUUCAGCGUUCCGCGGCAUCUGUCAGAUGAUCCAGGUGAACCCGGCCGGCGUGGUGCAAGACUUCAUGUUCUUCUGCGACGCCGUAGCCUCGUGGUCACACCCUAAAGACGAUCUCAAGGAGAUGUUCACGAAGAUCCUGCACGGCUUCAAGAACCAGGUCGGCGAGGAGAACUGGCGCCACUUCACCGACCAGUUCCCCGUGCAGCUCAGCGUGCGUCUCUCCGCGCUCUGCGGGAUAUAAACGUCGUCACUGCGUUAUGGGGAACCAAUGUCAGCACGGGUCGGGAAGACAUUGAGGGUGUCGCGGCAGGCAGAAGCAGGCCAGGCCGGCUGCCGGCACCCGCGCGUAGGGAACACUCGCACGGCCGGCCGCGUUAUGUGCCAACACACUGACCUCACUACACUAGCGAGGAUAUUUACACAUUUGUACCUAUCGACAGAGAAUAUUAUCUAGAUUGUUACACUUCAUUCUUCUGUUUGUACCUGAAAAUUAUAUGUUUUUCGUUCGACGAGACGUACAUGUAGAAGCGGCGUAAUCACUUAAUGGUAAGAGUGUAUCGUGCACGAGUGUAUAGUAGGUAGACUGGUUGGGUCGGCAGUUCAGAACUCGCUCGACAGACGCACAACAGGCACGUCGCGUGGCGCAGCUCAGCUGUCCGGCGCAUCGCCGCACGUUGCAUGCUUGCCCAUCUCACCAUCCAUCGUAACGAGUGUACAUUUAUUGGCCCUUUCUAGUUGUAGUUUUACUCACUAAAUUUUAUAACGCGGUGACUAUUACCGAGUUACAUGUGGAAUAUCUACUAUAAUUACAUGAUAUUUAGAAUAGUUUCUAGAUUGUAACUACAAAGAUGAGACGAGGUAUUUCCGUUUGAUAUGUAAUUUUUAAAUUGAUUCGUAAUUAUUCGAAAAUUAUGAUUGAUUUUUAUUUUGUCAACUCAAAAUUUGAGUUAUUUGAUUUCUUCAAUAAGAUUCAAACGACACAUUGAAUGAUCGGGAGUCUCAUCAUAGAAUUGAUUAACAAUGAAACAAUAGUAAAUGAAAGUACUGUUUCAAGUGGAAUCGCUAUCGAUAUGAUUCGGAAGUUGAUGGCAACACUAUCAGGCCGUCGAGAAGCGAUGAUGUAGCGCGGGCACUCGAUCGCCAGUCACACGCUCGCCGUAUUGCUCCUAGUAGAUUAGUCUUAGGUUGACUGAUGCCAUUCACUGCUCAACACAGAUACUGCACGUGUCUAUUUCAUAAUUCACUAAUACAGCAUCUGCGGUUUGUUUUAGAGGAUUUUAAGUAACGUCAUUUGGUUAUUAAUUUUGUCUAAAAGCAUUUAUCUACACUCACUAAAGCUUCGCAAAUAUAUUUUAGUAGAUAUAUUUAAAAUUGAUGUGUUAACUUUUAUUUUAUAUAAAUUACAAAGACUUAGUAAAAUCGAGAAUUUAUGUCAACUGUGAUUUGUGACUGGUUUUUUUUGACUAAUAUAUGUGUAUGAUGAUUAUAUGUCUGUGUCAGUGUAGAUAUAAUAUACUGCUUUGAUAGAUUUUAUGACGGCUAGAUUUCUGCUAUAUAAUAUACCAAAUAGUAUUUUUACGUUGUAUAUUGUUUAAUGGAAUUGUACGUGAGUUGUCCGGGCGGGACGCUCGCUGGCGACGCGGGCGCGGUUCCUGCAACAUCUCACAAAGCUAUAUUUACACAUUUUGUAUUCGCGCGCGUCGCCACUGCGACUCGCCACUGUCCCGGUCAACUUGUAUUAUUGAUAUGAAGUACUAUUUACGUGUAUAUUUAAUUAAAGUAAUAUUAUGUAUAUGUAAAUACAUAUUGCGAUGUAUAUUAUUAUUAUAUUCAAGUAAAAUUGUUAUUUUUUGUUUUAUAAAAGCUAAAAGUCUGACUUUAAACACUUGUUAAAUAUCAUUUAGUUUUUUUUUCAGAUAUGGGGUCUGAAAUUGUGUAGUUCAAAUGAACAUUAGUGUAUUUUAACAAAUUGCAAACGUAGCGUAGGGUACAGCGUCGGUAUAAUACGGUAUUUUUCGGGGGCAUAAUGAAAUUUGAAACAUUCCGUAAUCUAAAUUCUAUCUUUUGGCUUGGUUACAACUUAAAUUUCACUCUUGGGUGUUAUUAUAUUAUAGUAUAAUAUAUAUUUUAUUCGUUGCGUCUCGCUAAAUUUGUACUUUUUAGUUGGAUAGAUAUUGUGAUUUGAUGAGUAGGUAAGAUCCCCGAUCCCUGGUACCCAAUGAGUUCGCAUCCCGAGUCCUGUCUAGUCCCAUCCCGCGUGAUGUGCCAACGAAGCCCGGACGAUUGCAGGUGAGCCGCGCCGCGCCGUCUGAUCGAUACGGUAGCUGUUUCACGUCUCGGUACCCGUAGGAACACUAAAUUACUGUAGCUACCUUCCGAUAAAUUUGAGACACAUUGUUUAUUUUUUAAGUAGAAUCCAUUUUAUAUCGAUGUUACGGGUGGCCUCGUAAUUUAUUUUUAAGGUUAGUAGAUUUUAUGGUCAUGAUUUUUUUAAUGUAGAUGUUUGUUUUUCCUAAAAAACCGUGAUAAUAGUUGGAUAAGUGAUCGCAUGCGUGUAUGUGUGAGUGAGGCGGCAUUCGUAAGGCACUCCCUUCCUUGAGGCAUAGUUAGUAUUUUAUGAAAAAUAUUAUAGUUGUAUCGUUUGGACGAACAUUAAUUGUGAUGCAUUGUCGAUAUAAAUGUAGGUUGUUUGCGUCGCGUUAAAUUGUCUUAUUGUGUUGUGCAUUAUUGUCAUAACGUACAUAUUUUAUAUUUUUAAUACAUAACACAUUAUGUAUUUAUAUUUAUCUAUCUAUGCAUGUGAAUUACAAUCACAUUGUCCACAUUCGUUAUUAACAUUUCUGAGUUCAAUAUAGUGCACAAUAUAUUUUUGUAUGGUAGCAUUUACAUAAAUAUCUAAGAAAGGUUCAUUCACGUCACAUUACAAAAUGUGCUACCGUGGUGCGUAAUUUUUUGCGCCAGAAGUACUGUAAGAUUGAAAUAAAUUAAAAUGACAUUGCCUCGCUCACGUAUCUGCACUAAAUGCGCUGAACAUUUCACAAAUACGUCACAGUUCCAUAGGCAUAGAGGUCAAACUCACCUGCGCACAUCGGAUCAUCGAAUUUUAAAGAAUCCGCAUCUAACAAAAAAAAAAUAACUGCAUUGACUGACAAGUCGCUUGCGGGUUUACCUAUUUGAGUCGGGGCUUCCACCAGAGAUGCGUUUAGCUAGAACUUUUCUAACUUCAGAAAUAUCUAAAUACCUGGAAGGUAUGUGGAGCGAGGAUGCGUAGCGGACUCCUUACAGCUUUGGUGCCAGUUCGUUUAAGAAACCUAUGUCAUCUUUCCUUGGGUCUGUCACACAUUUCUUGUACCUACGCCGCCCUCGCUCCAUUUCUUACUUGUUCUGUCUUUAGAGACUUUGCCCCCCUUUUUAAGCCCACUUUCUACAAUUUUGUUAGAAGGCUGACAAUGGCCUUGUCCAACUAAGCUGGCUAAAGCUAAACUGCUUUGGUGGAAACAUCUAUAAUAAACCUAGUAUCAUUCAAGUAAACUGAAGUAUUCUGAUGAAUUGAGAAUCAAAAAUGCUUUCAUAAUUGCAAAAUUGACGCUCAAAUGCAUAAUCGUUAAUCAUCUAUUAUCUAAAAAAAUGUUAUUAACAUUUAUAAUUGUCGUUGAUUUAAAUUUUGUUCCGGGUUUUCUACUUCAUUACUCACAUUCUGCUAACCAAAACCCUGUACUUAUUCUAGUUUUAUCAAUCUUGACACAAUGUAGACAAUGUGAUAUUUUUAUACAUUAUAUUAUCUAUUUAUUCUUUCGCAAAAUAAAACUCAUAGUUCUGCCAUUUUUUGAUUUUAUUAUAUGUUUAAUUAUAACUUUAUCCACAUUAUUUAAAUCUAUUAUUAGAUAUGUACUAAUAUUUUAUUACAUAUAUUAUUUCACUAGUUUUAUUUACAAAUCACUACCAUUAGUUAGUCCUCUUGCAAAUUGCGAUAGGAAAUCUAUCCGUGCAUACUGUAUCUUGUAUAAAAAUGAAUUGAAUAUAUUUUUAAUUACUUUAUGUAAAUUCUUGUCACCUGUAGGCAAAUGUGUAAGUUAUUUACAUAAAAAUUAACAUGAAACUGUUGCAACUGUAAUGUUUGUAUUGUAAUACAUAAUUUCAGCUAUAAGUCAACCGGUACAAAAUUACAUACCAUACGUCAUUGUGUUGUUUUUACAUAAAGUGAGUACAGAUAAAUGAAUCUUGUAAUAGACACUACCUACCUCUACUUUAAGGCCUAACCCUAGGCGACUCGUUCAAAAUUAACAAUAUAAAAAUUAUAAUUUUAGAAAAAUAUAUUUGUACAACACGCUUUUGAAAUGUAAAUUCUGUACUCAUUUUAUAUAAUUAAUCAAAUUAAUUAUUAAUUAAAAGUAGUAAAAAAAAACAAAUGUAAAAGUUAUCUUAAUCCAGAUAUUAAUCAGUUGUUUAAAUCUAAGUUCUGGUUGUAAUAAAAUGACCUCACAAUAGACAUUCUUUUACCAUACAUUUCGUUAAUAAAGCACUCAUUGUUCAAAGA